AACGUUAGAUAUAAUUUUUUGAUAAUAUGCCUGGUGCUUGCCUUAUAAAGCACGAACACUUGUACUCACAGACUCUCGAAAGACAAUCGCCGACGCGUUUUGGAUGGUCGGUUGUCGACUGACUCAUUCAUCUAAAAGAGAAUAAUCGAGCUGGAGCAUCCAGGUGAUCGAGGAUGGCAGGAAUAUUGAUACCGUUGCUCGUCAGCCUGACGUUUGCGAGUCUUGCACGAGGAGAUGCGGCCAGCCCUCAGGCGAACGAUCCGAAGUACAGACUGCCGCUGGAAGCUGUACCAAUGGAGUACAAUUUAUAUUUGACAGUCAAUAUGGACAGCUACACGUUCUCCGGCAUUAUGCAGGCCACUAUCACGGCAACCAAUGACAGCCGAACUAUAACGCUGAACUCGAAGAAUCUUACUAUAAACAGCGUUCAUAUGACUAAUUCGACCAAUCAAACACAAGAUCUGAUCAAGACGAUCGUCCUGGACGACAAAUACGAAAUUCUGACCAUCAACCUUCCGGAGAAGAUCGUCAAAAAUGAGAAAUAUGUUCUCACAAUAGAGUAUAACGGUACCUUGAACGAUCAACUGAGAGGAUUCUACAGGAGCAGUUCUACCAAAAAGGACGGCACGCCGACAUACGUGGCGGCGACUCACUUCGAGCCAACCGGUGCACGAUUGGCGUUCCCCUGCUGGGACGAGCCGGCCAUCAAGGCGCCCUUCAAAAUUUUUGUAAUAAAUUCGAAGGCGAAAGAAUACCGGGCGAUAUCGAACAUGAACGAGAUUAAAAGUAAGCUGUUAUCGAACACCACGGAGGACACAUGGAGGUUCACCGAGUUUGAAGUAACACCACCGAUGUCCACUUAUUUGGUGGCGUUCGUAGUCUCGGAUUACGAAUACACGGAGGAUAAGAGUAAGGAGAUGCAAUUCCGAGUUUGGACGAAACCGCAGUCGAUCAAUCAAACGCGAUACGCCCUGCGACUAGGUAGGCAAUUGCUGGAGGCGAUGGAGGCUUACACGGCAAUCAAAUUUAGCAAUUACAUGCCGAAGAUGGAUCAAGUGUCGCUGAGAAAUUUCUCCGCGGGAGCUAUGGAGAAUUGGGGUCUCGUCACUUACAGGGAGUCGGCACUUCUCACUGAAGACAAUGACACCGUGGCUCAGAGGAUGCGGGUGACUACGGUCAUAGCACACGAAUUCGCACACCAAUAUUUCGGAAAUCUCGUCAGCCCGCAAUGGUGGACGUACAUCUGGUUGAACGAAGGAUUCGCCGACUAUUUCGAGUACUUCCUUACUCACAAGGUAAAACCCGAGUGGCGAUUGGACGAAUUGUUCGUCGUUAACAAUAUACAAGGAGUCUCUUUCGCCGCGGACGUACUGGAAAAUCAACGCCCCAUGAACCACGAGGUGAACACGCCUCAAGGAAUCAGCAACCUGUUCGACAAUAUCGCCUACCAGAAAUCUGGAUCGGUUAUUCGAAUGAUGUCACAUAUUUUGGGCGAGGAAGAUUUCCAGAAGAGCUUGAACAGAUAUCUGACUAGCAAAACCUUAAAUACAUAUAUCUGUGUAUUAUCUCGUCUCUCUCGUCGGAUGAGUUGUACUUCUUACUGUACUAAUAACGAUAACAAUGAUUACAGUCAAUUGAAAGCUGCCAACUCGAAUAUUCUUCUUCGUCAGCUUGGAAAUGGCAGGAAUUACAGUGGAGUUUCGUUCGAAGAGAUCAUGGACAAUUGGGUGAACAAACCAGGAUAUCCGGUGGUAACCGUGAAAAAGGUGAACAAUACGUUCGAAUUGCAACAACAACAGUUCAGACUGUAUGAACCCACAAUAUACGUAACUAACAAUAAUAAGACGAAAUGGUGGGUGCCUGUAAGUUACGUCACGAGUAAGAAUAUGAGCUUCAAUAAUACACAUCCAAGAGGAUGGUUGGCUCCAAAUAAAGAGAAACUGGUCAUUCCUGUCAGUGGCGAAGAGGAAUGGAUUAUUGUGAAUGUGAAACAAGCAGGUUACUAUCGCGUGAAUUACGAGCCUGCAAUCUGGGAAUCGUUGUCAAAACUAUUGAAUUCGAAAAAUUACGACGUGCACCCUACGAACCGUGCGCAGCUGAUCGACGACGCUUUGACCAUGGCCCGCAUCAAUUGGCUGGAUUACAAGAUCGCCUUGGAGCUCAUGACUUUCCUUACUAGAGAAAGAGAUUACGUAGUUUGGCAGGCAAGCUUCAGGCACUUGCAGUUCCUGCACAACUUGUUGCGUACAUCCGAAUAUUACACCAUGUUCCAGAAUUACGUUCGGAGUAUACUGACAGCCGUGACGAAUGAAGUACAAUACAAACCGAGAAGUAACGACACCGAUCUCGACAAACUUCUCAGAGUAAACGCAAUAGACUGGGCUUGCAGAGCUCAUGUCAAAGAGUGUACGGAUUAUGCUACGAGUGAGUUCAACAGCUGGCUAUACAAUAGCACUAACAAAUUGAACAACGAUUUGAAGACCAGCAUUCUCUGCGCUGGAAUAAGAAAUGCCAGCGAUAGUGUAUGGAACCAGACGCGCUCGCUAGUGUUGAAAAUAGAGAACACGGAGGAGAGAUUGGAUUUGUACCCCCUGCUGGCUUGCAGCCAGUCGGAGAAAAUUUUGGAACAAUUUUUGAUCCUGUCUAUCCCGGAGAAUGCAACAUUGUCGUUCUCGAGUGCCACCUCGCAUGUGAUAUCUCGACAUCCGCAAGGUGCCAACAUCGCUCUGAGAGUACUGGCUGCCAACUUUGCACGCAUCAAGUCAGGGAAGAAUGGCAAUCAGGUGAUCGUGUCGGCCGUGAACUCCAUCGCGAGCGCAGUUACUACUAUAGGACAAUUGAGACAGUUGAACGAAAUUUUGACGAAAUUGGAUGGCGUGAAAGUUGAGUCUGUUACAAGUGUCUCAACGAAGGCGUUGGCAAACUUAAAUUGGAUCGACCUUCAUCAAAAUAAGGUCGAAACCUGGAUAUACAAUUUCUCCUCCUCCGCAAGUUCGUUCACGUUUGCGUCGUUGCUCCUUGCACUCUCGAUACUCGUCACCAGAUUGUACUAAAACAGAAAUUCGUUUCGUUGAACUUUCGCUGGAAUGUGUUCUGAACUGAUUCAUCGAGCGUGCAACACGCGUAGAAAUGCGAUAAAGUAUUAAAAACGAAUGGUGGAUGAUCAUUCUGCGUUAGAAUGGGUUCAUCUGAUCGUGAAAUGGGAGAAUAGUGAGAAAGAAAGAUGCAGUAUACCGAUCCAUCGUUUGAUAUGUAUUUUUAUAAUCGUAUACGAUUCUAAUAAUCGAAUAAAGCGAUUUGGCCCAAUUUAUAAGAAAUAAUACUGAGUUAAAAUAUUUUCAAACAGAUAACGUGCAUUUUGUAAAUACAACGAGAUGAAAUAAAUUGUUGCCAAUAGACCGUGGUAUUUUUACACAUUUAUGAGAAAUAUUUAAGUGUAAAACAUGCAAAGUGACGAGAUGUGUUUCUAAAACAAAAUUUAAUGUACGUGUGAAACAAUUUUCUAUCAAGAUUCUAAUUAUCAAAUGACAUUCUCGAAACUACGAAUUUCUAUAAAAAUCGUUGUCUAAUUUUCAUACUUUUAUCUUUCAAAAUCGUCUAAAAUCUGGCAUCUGAUCUCUUACGUUGUUGUCACUUUGAACUGUAAACGUCGCAAGUGCCUUUUUGCAAAAGUAAGAAUUUUGACUUAUGCUCGUUCGCUAGUCUACAGGUAUAACGAAAAAUGAAAUUAAUAAUAGGUCGUAACGUGAGAAAUAAAUUGGUAAUUUCACAAAGUCACAAGUACUUCGGCAGCGACAGAUGUUUUUAACACGCGUUAUGCAUUUCUACUGCAUUUAUGCAUUUUAUUAUACUAACGUCUAUUUAAAAUCCCAGUUCACGUUUAUAACCUUAUAAGCUUUGUAAAAUUGUAAGCUGUAACUGUAUGUAUGUAUGUAAAUAUAGAUAUAUAAUAAAGAGAACGAAAAAAAAAAAUAAAGAGGACUAAUCUUUUAAUUUUUUUUCGCUUUCUGACCACAUCUUUGAUCAAAUGUUCAAUCAAUUGCUUACCAAUUAAAUGCUUUCAUUUUCAUU